AUGCCGAGGCGUUACAGAUUAGGUGACAAUGGCAGUACUCACGCUUUGUACCUCGAAACAAUUGUCGAGGAAACAAGCGAUGAUUUGCGAUCAGAGCGUUCAUCUGCCGCCACCUGGUUGUCCGAUUCAGAUGCUGAUUCCGUCAUACAUGUGCGGGGUAUUGCAGGAUCAGAAUGCGACAGUGAGUCAGAGAGGGAAUGGGCAUGUCCGGCCAAGAGACGGCGACGAGAACGCGGUAAUUCUCCCACAAGUAUCGGCUCUCUUUCGCGUUCAUCUAGCCUCGCGCAGUUCGAGUCCCUGGAACGUUCCUGUGCGGCCCCAGUUUCUCCUAGUCUCUCACCGGACUCUCUGGAAUCCCCACCGGCGUCUCCACCACCAGUGCGUCCCGCACCGCGCGCCCACCUCUCAGCGGAGAACCUCAGCGAGGACAGUGGUUACAGUGAGCGCGCGCGCCGCCCGCCCCCGCCCGCCCGCCGCGGCCCGCCCGAAAUAGCGCACGGGCCUGCCGCCGCCGGCAGCGUGCCCUGCCUCGCGUCGCCCAGUGCCGCGCGCCGCCAGCCCCGCACCGCCCGCGCCGUCUCGCUGCCCGCCGAGCUCGACGUGUGCGCCGAGCCGCGCCGCCACGUAGCUCACACCGCAAGGUUUCGUCAGACCUUCGAAGUUUGUGACAGUUUCACCGUAAGCGUGGCUGAUCUUACGGCCCUCGACUACCGCGGGGGGCCCCGGCGGCCGCGUCUGCCGCCCCCGCCGCCCCCGCCGCGCCCCACACAUCAGCCGCCCCCGCCACCCGCUCUCGAUGUGGUCGUGCGCUCGACGCGGGCGACGCCAGCUCGCGAGCCCAGCGCUGGCAGUGAUUCGACGACUGAAUCCGAGCAGGCUUUCGCUAGAGAAAUGGAAGCGACCGCGCGUCGUCUUGACGAAAAUGCAAAGAGAGCUCUAGCCGACACCGGAAACUACGACCGUGAACUUUCCGUAUUGACAGCGAGACGGUUGCGAGACUCGUGGGGGGCCUGGGAUGACGUGCUCGACGAGCUGCGUCGACGGAUGGAGCCGUCGUCGGCGACGCCCUCACCCCCGCGCUCGCCCUCACCGGAUCCCAUCCGCGAGCCCUCAUUUUCAUCAACACCUCUCCGCCCCGGCGACGCGCGAGUGCGGUCCACGCCGGAGUUACGCGCGCGGGCGACGCCGCAGCGCGAGACCCCAGAGGAGCUGCGCGCCUCGCUACAGUUAGUCGCGCCUCGGCCGCCCGACGCGGUGCCCCCGGUGCGUUCCGUGUCCACGGGUUCCAAAGGGGUGACGUUCUCCCCGGUAGUGGCCGAAGUGAGCUGGCGAGAGACGAGUGCGAGUAGUACCGAAAACUCAGAACGUUCGACGAGCGAGAGUUCGAGUGUUAGCGUUGACGCGGAGGACGCAGAGGUGGUGGAAGUGGCGGGGGGAGGCGAGGCAGCGCGCGCGCCGGCCGCAGAGCGCGCCACAGCAAUGACGGAGACGGGCGCGCGCGCGCCGCGCAGCCGCAUAGCGGGCUUCCUGCGCGGCAGGGCGGGCGGGCGGCGGCGGGCCCGGGCCGGCAGACGCGGGGCAGGCAGCGCGCGCGGCGGCCGCGCGCCACAGUACGUGCGCAUCCCGCUGAAGGCGGAGGCUGUGUCGCGCGCGGCGGCGGCCCCGGGCGCGGGCGGCGUGGCGCACAAGCCGCCGCGCCCGCCGCCCGCCGUGCCCGCCGCGCCACCCGGCGUGCUGGAGACCGACGUGGACACGCAGCGCACGGUGCUGCACGCACGCUCGCUGCUCGCCCUAGCGCCGCCCGGCCAGCGGGCGCCGCGCCCACACAAGUCCAUGGAGUUCCUGCUCGACAAGGACAGCGCACAGACUGUACAGGUCAGU